UUCCAUCAUGUUUCCGUCCUUGGUUGCUGUCUCCCUAUAUAAAGAGGGCUGAACCCAGGGAUCCCACACCAGGCACAGCGAGGGACACUGCAACAGUCUAGCCUCACUCCUCCAAUUCAUCUCCACCCAACAGUACCAUGAAGACUUUCACAGCAGCCCUUUCUGUACUUUUUGUGGUUGUCUUCUGCUACCAGGCCUCCUCUUCUCCACUUUCUCUCAACUUUUAUGGUCCCUGCUGUGUUGAGUACAUCACCAGACCGUUGCCUUUGAGCCUUGUGGUGAAGUAUGAGCAGACAGGCAGCCACUGCUCCCUGCCAGCUGUGAUAUUUACCACCAUCAAGGACAAGCUCGUCUGUGCCAACCCUAAUGACAAAUGGGUCCAGGACAUAAUGAAACAAUUAAAGGACAAGGAGCACAGUGGAUGAGUAAUACCUGCUCUCUCCAAGCAUCACUUCUUCAAGGACCUGCUCUCAUGGACACCUCCGAGACAUAUUCCAUUUUCUCAUUGCCUGGGAAUUUGGCAGUGUAUUUAACUCAGUGUUUAGCUCUUUUAUUUAAGGUUGUGCAAAGGCAGUCUUAAUUUAUUUGGCAUUUUCAGUGAAACUUUUCAUUCUCAUUUGUACUGAAUGUGUUGAAGUUAUUUUUGUAUAAU